CAAAAUUGGCCUGAUCGACUCCAACGAGAUUUACAAGUGGUCUGGCUUCUGCGACGCCCUCCGCUCCUUCAACGAUAUUCAGAGCGACCGCCGGCUCUUCCUCGGCGAGGGCGACAUGUCCACCGCCCUCGGCCUCUCCAACAUCGCGGGGCUGCUCGCCCAGGCGAUGUGGGAGAGCGGCGGCGAGGCGCCAUUCACUGCCUGCGACGAGAACGACUACCCGCCCUCCUCGCCGACCGCGUCGUGCACGCAGCGCUCCGACGGCGAGCUCUACCACUCCCUCAACGACCAGCCGUGGGCGUGCUACGUCGAUCCGCAGAUGACCAUGACGGCCGAGACGUGGGCGUCGUGGGCUCCCGGACCGCUCAAGUGCGAGCCAGGCACGGGCACCGAGAAGUGCUGCUGGUGGGGCCGCGGCGCCAUCCAGACGACGGGCCCAAACAACUACGGCCUCCUGCAGCGCGAAGUCUUUUCCCAGGUGCCCUCGCUGAGCGCCAUCGACCUCUGCACCAACCCCGAGGCCAUCUGCCAGAACGACGACGCCAAGUGGCUCGGCGCGAUCUUCUACUGGGCGAACAACGUGCAGGGGUACGGGCUGGAGGCCGAGGCGGCGACCUUUGACGAGUCCCUCCGAAAGUUCGUCGAGUCGGGCUUCUCGAGAUCCGCGUCGGUCGUCGCGGGCGCCGACUUCGCGUCAGGCACGGGCGGCGUGGUCAACAACGGCUACUGGGGGGCCACACCGGCCGAGAACCCAGGCCGCCUCUCCAACUUUGACUUCAUCAUCUCCGAGUUCCUCGCCGCCGGCAUGACCAUUGAGGGUGGCGGAGGCGGCGGCGGCGGCGGAGGUGCGACUUCCCCGCCGCCGCCUUCGCCGCCGCCGCCCUCGCCGAAGCCACCACCAGGCGGCGGCGACGGCGGCGGCGGCGGCGGCGGCGGCGGCGGCGGCGGCGGGACGCCGCCGCGGGUGGUGCAAUACUUCUCCAGCUGGGGCAUCUACCAGUACGGCAACCGCAUCCCCUUCAAGCCCAGCGACCUCCACCUCGACAAGAUCACGCACGUGCACUACGCCUUCUUCGACGUGACGAGCGGCUGCGCCGUCGCGUCGAUGGACCCGUACGCCGACUUUGACGUCGUCUACCCCGAGGUGGGCAUGACCUGGAGCUCGCCGCACAAGGGGAACGUCGGCGCGCUCCGGAUUCUCCGCGACGAGCAGUACCCCGACCUGCACCUCGCCUUCUCGCUCGGCGGCUGGACGAAGAGCAAGUUCUUCUCCGGUUGCGCCGCCGACGCCGACAAGCGCGCCGCGCUCGUCGCCUCCGCCGUCGACCUCCUCACCGAGCACGACUUUGACGGCAUCGACGUCGACUGGGAGUACCCGGCCUGCUGCGGCGAGUCGGACAACCAGGUGGACGGCAACGACUGGGCCAACUACGUGCUGCUGCUGCGCGAGCUGCGCGCGGCGAUGGACGAGCGGUCGCCCUCGAAGCACAAGGAGCUCACCAUCGCCAUGGGGAUGAACCCGCGCGUCUCUGGCGUCGCGCCGCGCGCCGAGCUUGGCGAGGUCCUCGACGCCAUCAACCUCAUGUCGUACGACUACAACGGCGCCUGGCUGCCCUUCGUCGCUCACAACGCGCCGCUCUUUGAGGACCCGGACGGCACCGCCGCCGGCGGCGCGCCCGAGUUCAACAUCGACUGGGGCGUGCAGCUGUGGCUCGAGGACGUCGCGCCGAGCAAGCUUGUGCUCGGGCUGCCCGCGUACGGCCGCGGCUGGCUUGGCGCCAACCAGGAGUACGCACAGGCGCCGGGCGAGAACGGCGCGGGCAGCCCCGUCAGCGGCACGUACGAGGAGGGUCUCGUCUCGUACUACGACAUCAAGGCAAACUACGACGGCAACCCCGCCUGGACGAAGGGGUGGAACGCGGCGAGCAAGGUACCAUUCUACUACCGCUCCAGCCCGGCCUCGUUCGUCUCCUUUG